ACCUCUUCUGUCCGUUGAGACAAAUAAAAACACAAUCCGUAGUUAGAUGGUUUUUAUCCUCUUCUGGCCAUGGAGAGUAAGUUGAAAGGCGUGGAUGUUUUGAUGGUUUUUUACCACUUCUGUCAAUGGAGAUUGGAAAGAAAAUCAUAAAUAUUUUUAUGUUUUUGUACACCUCUUCUGGCCAUGGAGACUAAGAAGAAAACGAUGGAUAUUUUGAUGGAAUUUUACCUCUUCUGGCCAUGGAGAGUAAGAAGAAAACAAUGGGCAUUUUGGUGGAUUUUUACCUGUUCUGUCCAUGGAGAGAGAGAAGAAAAUAAUGUGCAUUGAAACCGCCGAGUCGUGCCAUUCCUAACUUGUUCUGCUAACCCUCGAUCACUGUUUCUAGGAUUUCAAGGGUUGCUAGGGUUUCUAGGGUUUGGCCACUGUUAUGUCACUCCUUGAUUUGGCCUUCCGGGGCUAACCCUCGUUCACUGUUUCUAGGGUUGCUAGGGUUUCAAGGGUUUGGCCACUGUUCUGUCACUCCUUGAUUUGGCCUUCCGGGCUUCUAUCCCAGUUAAAAAGAGAGAUCUAACCCAGCCACGAAGUCCUUCCAUGGCGGUUACUAGGGAAGAGGAAGCUAGGGGCGGAGAAGUGGAUGACGAGAGGGAGGAAGCCGCUUUUGCGAGGCGAUCAGAGGCGCGCAACACACUUAAAGGCUGUGUGGAGGAACUCAGAGGACUUCAGGACAGCCUCGAGGCUAUAACAGAGCAGGUGAAAGUGAGCCGUGGGAGCUCUCACUACGACGACUUGGUCCAGAGAAAAACCGAUUUGGUGAAGCAGGAAAGGGUAUGUCUCGGAAAUUUUGAAAGGGCGAGCGAUGAACUCGUGCGCAUCUAUCGGGAGACAGAAUCUUCCUUCGCCCCUACUAUAGUUACAGGGGUGCAAGGCCUUCAGGAAGGGCAAAUCGCUAGAAUAAAUCAGAUGGAGAUCAAAUUGGCGGAGAUGGAAAGGGCAUGUUUCAGAAAACUCGUGCGGAGGAACAAUAAAAUCAAGCGCAUCUUUCAGAAAGCAGCUGAAGCUAAUGUUUGGGAGUUAGAAGAUUGAGGAAUCAACUCCAACACUUGUAGCACUUGAUCUACAAAUUAAUUAGGACCAUACUAAAUGUUGAAGUUUGCCUGAUUGAUCAAAAUAAUAGAGAGGUAAUGGCAUCAUUUACUUUAGGUUUACAUGUUUGUUGUCAUCUCCUUAUUCCCAUACAUAUAAUGGUGCAAGAUUGGUCUUAUGAUCAAAUGCUAAAUCAUAUAGAACUAAUUGUGUUGCUUAUGUUCAAGUAUUUGACACAAAUAUAUGAACAUUGAGUUUUUUUGAGCUUGUGUAUGUUUGACAUUUGGUAUUGAACAUGGUGAUGGUACCAUAACUUAACUUGA